AUGCUCCAAUGCCGAGCAAUGCUUUUGCAUACAGGGUUAAAGGUUAAACGUAAGGCAUUUCCAUCUGUGGCAUCUCGUUUUGCAGAUGUGUCACCGGAAGCGGUUCAUAUUGUGCUCGAAUGUAUUUCCUGUGGUGAUUAUAAGAGUUCGUAUUCUCCAGAAGAGAAACGAGUGCUCACCCUUAUGAAUGAAGUGAGAGCAGUGACUUCUCAUGUUGCAGCCUCUUCUUCUUCGAAAUCUGGGAUGAGAAAUGAAAUCCGUGGUUUGAUGUUUGAAAAGGGCAUGCCUAGUUUCUAUAUCACUAUAAAUCCUGUGGAUGUGUUCAACCCAGUGGUU